UUUCAGUACGACGAACGAAACGACGAUUGAAGGAGGUCGGGGCGAUCGGGGGUCUUGUGUUCUUUUUUUCUAAAACCUUUUUUCUUGUGAUAAUGGCAAAUUUAAGACAAACUCCGUUGACGUGCAGUGGACAUACACGACCAGUUGUGCAUUUAGCAUUUAGUGACGUUACAGAUUGUGGGUAUUUCUUGAUAUCAGCUUGUAAAGAUGGAAAGCCAAUGCUACGCCAGGGUGACACUGGCGAUUGGAUUGGAACCUUCGAGGGGCAUAAAGGUGCAGUGUGGGGGGUAGCAUUGAAUCCACAAGCUUCGAAGGCCGCAACAGGUGCAGCAGAUUUUAAUGCGAAGGUUUGGGAUGCCGUUUCUGGUGAAGAAGUCCAUUCCUUUCAACACAACCAUAUUGUGAAAAGUGUAAACUUCUCAUCUGAUAGUGUGCUAUUUGCCACUGGAAGCAACGAAAAACUUGUCAGAAUUUUUGAUCUGAAUAAGCCUGAAGCAAGUCCAACAGUAUUUGCAGGCCAUACUUCUGGAAUAAGACAUGUGAUAUUCUUCCGGGGAGAUACUCAUUUGAUCACAUGUGCUGAUGAUAGAACCCUCAGAGUUUGGGACAGAGCCUCUGGCCAGGAAGUUCAAAAAUUAGAUUUCAAGUCUAUUCCUAGCAGCUUGGAAGUUUCAAAGGAUGGAACUACACUAACAGUUACCCAUGGAAACAUUGUUAGUUUCUGGGAUUCACAGACUUUGGAAAAGAUUCGGGAAUUCACUGUUCCUACUCAAGUGAAUUCUGCAUCAUUGCAUCCAGAUAAAACUAUAUUUGUAUGUGGUGGUGAAGACUUAAAAAUGUACAAAUUUGAUUACACCACUGGAACUGAAAUAGAAUCUUUCAAGGGCCAUUUUGGUCCUGUUCAUUGUGUAAGGUUCUCACCUGAUGGUGAGCUAUAUGCAUCAGGUUCUGAAGAUGGUACAUUGCGUCUAUGGCAGACUACUGUAGGCAAGACAUAUGGUCUCUGGAAAUGUGUUGAAGGAACUGCUAUUGCUGCAGAACCCAUAGCUCCUCAGAAACAAGAAGUGCCUGCCAGUUAAGGAAUGUCAGCUUUUAUGCUAUUCAGUACAGGCAGUCGAAUUUCUUUCUGCAACUCUGUACAUAUUUAUAUAAUUAUCUGCUCAGAAAAUAUUCAUCAAUCAUUUAAUUUGUAUACAGUGUUUGUGGAAAAUGGUCUUGCCUUUUUACCUAAAACUCCCCCUUGCUGAGACAAGCUGUAUAAUUUCAGAAGGUGGCAGUCUAUUUUGUCCAAAGUGAUAAUAUUACCUGUGAUGGUAAUAAAUAUAAUUUUGGCAUAUAUUUGUUUUGCAUUCUCUGUAUGUGUGGCUCAUGUACCAUGGAGACUUUUUCCAGAAUCUGUGAUAAGAUUUUUAUAUGAAUGCAGAUGCUGCAGACCUUUAAUUACGGUAGUUACCUAUCACAACUUGCAAUUACUUGCUGCUGUUGUUUGUUUUUGUGACAUUAAGGAUAUAGGAGUAGUAUUUGUAAGGCACCUAUGAUUAACUCACUAGAGUUAUUUUAAAAUAACAUCAGAUAGAUAAGGAAAGACGUUGCAACAUGAAAGUGAACUCUCAUUCAGAACGUGUUUUUUGCAGCUGAUAUCGAUAGUUGUCAUGUGUUGUAUGAAGUAUUUAUUGCAUUAAUUUAAUGAUUUCAUUUGACCUCUUAAAUAUGUUGAAGGAUCUGGUAAUUUCAUAGCGGUUAUUUAUUUAAAAUAUUUUAGAAUUGAUUAAUACUAGUUAGUAGUACGUUUACAUUCGUUUCUGACUUAAUUCAUGUGAUUUAUAUAUUCUGGGUAUUAUAAGUUGCAUGUCACUGAAAAGUGCAGUCUCGAUGAUUUGAACAAUGAAAUAUCUGUUCUAUUAGUAGUUCAGUUGUCCACAUCCCUUAUUACUUGUUUAAUACUUACAUUCCAAAAUGAUUUGAAAAUCCUGGUGAAAUAGAAUGUCCACAAGAUAAUUAUAAAAUUUGUGUAACUUUAAAACUUCAAGAAAAUGAAUGAAAUUCAUAAUUUCUAGUCGUUUCAAUUUAGUUUCCUUUCUAAAUUGAAGUUUCUGAAUUUUUAUUUUAACUUAAUUCGUUCACCAAGUUUUUGAUAUUAACUAUGCAAGACAAAUUUAUUAAAAAGAGAAUUUUAUAUGUAGUGUGAUUGGAAGAAAAUAGUCUGUUUUAAAGUUUUGCUAUGGGUCUUCCUUCAGUGUCAUUAUUGUCAGUUUGUGACACUUUACUAAGAAGUUGAUUCUAAUUGUGCUUUUACAAACAUUGGCUGAUCAUUAAUAUUUUAAAUUUUUCUAAAGUAUCUUAUUUCUGAGGAGUGAAAUUGGAAACUUCACUUGUUGUUUUAUUGUUAUUCUUUCAGAACUUUUGUAUUGGGUGUGUUUUUGCUUUAAAAACAAAUGGUAGAUUUAUAUUUACCUUAUGAAUAUUUUUAUUCUGGUUACUAAACUUCAGGAAUUAGUUAAUUUUUAAUAAUAGAAAAUUCAUUUUAUUACUCUGAUACCUUUUUUGCUGGGAACUGCAACAAUAAAUAUUUGCAACAAACAUGUGUCAAAUUUUCUUUUGCGGUCUAACAGGAUGUUCAGUCUAUCAAUCCUUUAAUCCUCCUUAAACAAGGUUGUUACAGAAAAUUUACAGAGUUUUGAGUAGUUUUCUAGCUGUAUUGAACCAGAUAGUCACAAUCUAUCUGAAUAAUUGAGAUUUCCGGUGAGAGGGGCAGCUAACCCACGAGGGUGUGGAACUGAGCUAAAUUGAGUUUUGCGUUUAGUUUGUUUUAUCACUAAUUUGUGUAAUAAAAGAGGGGUUUUGUCCUUGUUAUCUUGAAGAUAGCAAACUUGUUUUUUUGGGAAAAUAUGAUACAGCAAGUAUUUUACAGAUGUUACCCAGCCCUAAAGGUAAGAUUUGUUUCAACAAUCUAUCGAUUGAUUCUUUUUAUGAUUAUUCCUGCAUUCUGAAAGUUUGAUUGUUAUUUUCUUGUAGCGACACCACUAAGAUAUUGAUUUUACAAGUUGCUAAGUUCUUGACUUUGAAAACUUUCUAAAAUAUUGAAUUUUUUCCAUUGUCCAUUAGUAUGUGGUGUUCACAGUUGUGGUUAGAUGUAUUAAGACAAUUUGCAUUCUUGCACUGGGUGUGGCUUGUUCUUCAGUACUGUUUUCUGUCAUGUCACUAACAUUCUUCACUGUUCCUCUUCCUACUACUUUCUUGUCUUGUUCAUUUUGUUGCAUCAUGAAUGCUUUCUUGCUACUUUUCUCCAAGCUGACUGACACAAAUCCAUUCCAGUCCCGCAAGUGUAGUGCACAUUAUAUCCCUGUAGGUGGCAGUAUUCCUCAUAAAAUCCGGUGCCAAUCAACACGAUUGGUUGUACCGUUCCUGGUAUCUGCCAGAGAAGCACUGAAGUGGUACUGACUCUUCUCCCGAUAUAAGCAGUAGUAAGUAAACGUAAGUGUGAGAGAGGAGAGAAUGGGACAAGAAUGAGGAAGGAAAGAUUGUGCGCUGUGUGGCCCGUAUGUUAAGGCACUGCUCCGGUAUACUAGUCUUCAUUGGAGAAACAACGCAAAACUACCGAUUUGCUAGAAUUCUCCUCCAGCCAGUGAUGAAAAAGACAAAGUUAACUAGCUAGUGUUGAAAAUCUGUCGGGACUCUAGCCUUAGAACAUCCAGUCAGACACUGCAGUGGGUAUAGCUGUUGCCAUGUGCUGUCUCAGCCAGUCAUAGUGAUACUUCUUGCUUAAUGCCUUCAUUUGUCAUUCAAAACAUGGAAUAAUGUAAGCCUGUAAUAAAAGGUGAAAAGAUAACAUGGAAUAUGUCAAAAUGUCAUUC